AAGCAUCAUAGUCCACUUCAUAUGGAGUUAUUGCAGUACUAGAGCGGCAGACUGCAUUUUUGGAGCAUCCAACAAGAGCAGAGAAGACAGCAAAGUACCUAAGAUGUGAGAAGCCCUCCCUUAUCAAAAGGAAGCUUUGUUUUCAAAAUGGACCGAAGUAAGCGGAAUUCAAUAGCAGGAUUUCCACCACGCUUGGAGCGCGCUGAAGACUUUGAUGGGGGCAGUGGAGGUGAUGGGACUGCAUCCCAGAUAGGAAGAGUUUGGACCUCUUCAUACAGAGCCCUGAUAAGUGCCUUUUCCAGACUUACCCGUCUUGAUGACUUCACCUGUGAGAAAAUUGGCUCUGGUUUCUUCUCUGAGGUGUUCAAGGUAAGACACAGAACUUCGGACCAGGUAAUGGCUUUGAAGAUGAACACACUGAAUAGCAACAGAGCAAACAUGCUGAAAGAGGUUCAACUUAUGAAUAGGCUCUCACAUCCAAACAUCUUAAGGUUUAUGGGUGUCUGUGUGCAUCAAGGACAGCUGCAUGCACUUACUGAGUACAUCAACUGUGGUAACCUGGAACAGCUAUUAGACAGUAACCAGCAUCUGCCCUGGACAGUGAGGGUGAAAUUGGCAUAUGACAUUGCUAUGGGAAUCAGUUAUCUUCACUAUAAAGGCAUUUUCCACCGGGACCUUACAUCCAAGAACUGCUUAAUAAAACAUGAUGAGAACGGAUACUCGGCGAUAGUGGGAGACUUUGGUUUGGCAGAGAAAAUUCCUGAUCACAGUGAGAAGUUACCAGUGGUGGGCUCACCCUUCUGGAUGGCACCGGAAGUUCUCAGAGAUGAACCUUACAAUGAAAAGGCGGAUGUGUUUUCUUAUGGUAUAAUUCUGUGCGAGAUUAUAGCAAGAAUACAAGCGGAUCCAGACUAUCUCCCUCGUACAGAAAAUUUUGGAUUAGAUUAUGAUGCCUUCCAGCACAUGGUGGGAGACUGUCCCCCUGACUUCCUCCAGCUGGCCUUCAACUGCUGUAAUAUGGAUCCAAAGUUGCGUCCUUCAUUUGCUGAUAUUGUCAGAACACUGGAGGAGAUUUUAAACCGUCUGAGAAACGAGGAAUCUGAGAGAGAGAGAAAAUUUUUCAAUCUUGACAACAGUGAAAGAAAACCUAAAGGGUCAAUUGAAAAAGGACCUGGAGUAAAACGAUUGAGUUCCCUGGAUGAUAAGAUCCCACCCAAGUCACCUCGCCCACGUCGGAAUAUCUGGUUGUCACGCAGCCAGUCGGAUAUCUUCUCCCGCAAGCCUUCCAGGAAGAUAAAUGUGCAGGACCCCUACUAUACGCCAAACAAGGGGUUAGGCCGGAAAGUUAAUCCCUUCAAUGCCAGGGAGGACCUCAAGGGGGGAAAGAUCAAAUUCUUUGACAUGCCAAGCAAGUCUGUGAUCUCCCUUGUGUUUGACUUGCAUUCUCCAGAGGCAGGUGGUGGCCUGAAAGCCAGCCAGUCCCAGUUCAGGCAGACAUAUAGCACAGACUGGCAGGAAUUUUCCCUCCUCCCGGGGAGGAGAUGCAGAUCACUUCCAGUCUCUCCUGAAUUGCCGCAUAAAGAGUAUGGCCUGUUUGGGGGACUGUCUUCAACUGUCAGCAGGUGUGACCCAACCCAACUAGGUGCAGAGGUUCGGCAAAAACUCCUGAGUAGCAGUAAAUAUGGUGUGUCAGAGAUUCCCCCCUUUCAAGCCAAGCUCCACAGGCCAGAAUUUCUUCCUGUACCAGGACAAGAGGAGGAUAUGGACUGUUCAGAUGGGCCAGUGUCCCAGGAGGAAAAUGGAUUUUAUCGUGUUGGGAACACGUGUGAAGAUCCAGCAUGUAAUCAACCUUUAGCACUGGCUCAGCCUGAGCCACUAUCUUGCAAAAGGCUCCCAGCUGAGAAUUCAGUGAACUCAGAGGGACAUGGCUCCUUACAGGUGUUUGCAGGUUGUCCCCCUUCUGAAGAGAUGGAGGUGGAAGACGACCUACAGAAAAAUACGCUGCUGGAGUCUGCAAAGGCUCUGUUCAGUGUUAGCCCUUCCACGGAGCCAAGGAGAGAGGCACAGCCAUUCGGUGAGCAGGACGGGGAUGGCACUGCCCCGUUGUCUUUGACCUCCUCCAACAUCUCAGCAAGUAGCAGCACACAGUCAACUUGUGACAUUUGAAGAGAGUGCUUAAAUUGGACAUGUCCUUGGAGGAACAAUUGUUCCCAGUCACUUAGACUCUGUUUUUCUAUAGUGCUGGGUCCCACAUGUUUGAAAUGGCCUCAGCGGCACUCAGUGGUUUAUAGAAAUGGGCUGUCAAACAGAAGGCUGCAGACAGCAUCGGGAGAGACAGAUUCUUUUAACUUUGUUUCACAUUGUGUUUAUCCCCUUUCCUGAUUUGUGUUAGGAGGGAGAACUACUCUAGCCAGAAUGUCCGUGUGAAGCCCCAUAGUUACUUCCAAGCAAUAGUUGCCACAGCUGGGGUAUCGUGGUAAGCAGUUUGACCUGGAUUUUGGCGUGGAAAGUUUCAGGGCCUUACGCUCCAGGUUGGUGAGAAAGAGAGACCCUUAGGUUUUCCCUCCUCCUCUCACUGACCAGCUGCUCUAAACCACUGCAGCUUUUGCGUUAACAUUCUGCAAGCAGUGUGCAUGAAUCAGAGCUUCUGUUUUAGAAAUGGGCAUAGAGAUCUUUCAGAGCUAUGUUGAGCAGAUAGGAAUGCUUUUUGGUCCCAGAGUGGCUAUGAACACUGCUGCUGCAUCAAACAAGCUCUUGUUUCAAAAGUAGCAAAAACAAAACCCCUCCUGCUGCAGACUCAGUCACAUGGCAAGUACUUUCUGAUUAACAAGAAGAAUCUGUUCCCUGGCAUUUCAUUUUCCCAUGGGAUUUGGGUACUGAUGCGCAAUAUGUUAGCACAGGGAAGCAGGGUGCAAUAAGCACCGCUCACUUCCUUGCCCAGCUCUCCAUGUACCUCAACCCAGCUGUGGAGGAAGGUUUGCCCAGGGCACAAGAGGGAGCCAUAUUCUAGGCAUUGUCAUUCCUGGGCUUCUUGGGAAGCCACCCAUGAAAGUUCAGUUGUAUUGAGCUCUUUGGGGGAUGUGGGCAUUUUUCACUAAAGAGCUGAAUGGGCACCACAACCUAUUUCUGCAGAACAGUUAAUUGACUACAUCUAGGUCACAGCUGGCCAUUAUCACUAAGCUAGAAGGGUCAUGUUCACCUCCCUCUCUGGUAGAACAUCCCAUCUCGUUGAUGCCACUGCAGUAAUGAUGAGUCCUUAUGUAAAACCAAACUGCCUGCCUGAUGGAGGACAGGAAUCCCCUGAUCAGGUGAAGCUGCCAGCAGUAUUUCAGCCACGUGAGUGCUUUCGGGGGAAGGCCAGUAGACUCGCAGAAGGGAGAUUGGCUCAUCAAACCGAAGAAAAUUAACUUACCCUCAUGAAUUUUUUUUUUUUUCCUCCUACAAAAAGAUGUUGUCGUCUUUGAUUUCUGCUGUCACUGAUAGCUGUGAACAUGAUUCUUUUUCUUUUUGUUCCUCUCCACUAGCAGGUAUAUGUGAAAGAAGCAGUGGUCCUACUGCAAUUUUCAGGAAAACUUGUUCUAUGAUAUUUGUGCUACUUCCUGCCUUUAUCCACUGUCAUUGUUAGCGCUCUCUCUCGCUCAUCUGUGUUAUCAUUCCUAACUGAGGUAGGCAUUGCAUGCCUGCUGAGCACACAGGUGGUGAUGCAAUGGGCUCUGCGGUGGUUAGAGUCCAGAAUCUCACCCCAGGUAACCGGUUACAUUCUUACCGCACUUGUGCAAAGAGGGAAAAUGUAAGCUAGUACGCUCUGGUAGAAGCAAGGCUGUUCCUCCUUUCCUCAUCUCAGAGAAAGGAGGAUGGAGAAAGGCAAAUGCUGUCUCUCGGCCGAGAUACUGAGCUUUCUGGAGGCAUAGGUAACUAUUUUGGGAGUUAAAAGACCUCUUCUUGUGAAAUAUGCCUGAAACUGAGCAGCAGUGGCUUUGCAGUGGCUGCAAAGAAUUAAAUGAGAAACCCAGUGUCCUUAAAUUGCUUAGAACAGUCCUUGCCAAAUUAGGCCACUCUUUGCAGUUUUAAAGAGAAAAUGUCCAUCCUUACCAAGAUUGUCUCUUUGGCCCACACCUCUUGGCCUCUCAAAGGUGCUAUCUGUAGAGUAGUCUGUCUUGUUUAACCUGUCUGCUGUUUUGGUGUCUUCAGAGUGCAGAGCAACUUGUACGGCUGGUGCUGUGUGUGUGUGUAAUUUUCCUGAGGAGAAGAAACUAGUCAGAACUCAAUUGCCAGCUACUUGUCUGCCUGGUGCCUGCUUUUUCUUUUUUCUUGUGUGUGUGUGUUUUUCUUCUUUUUCUUUUCAUGAUUGUAACCUUUCAGGAGGGAAACCAUCAGCACCAGCUUCUGUUGUCACAAGAUGCAUUUAGUUGUGUGACUUCAGACAAACAAGCAAUAAUAAGUAGUUUACUUCUGGAUCACCAGGCUGCAAGGAAGCUGUUCGGCAUCCUACAGCCACAUGUAGCCUCAACAGAGCAAACACAUGUGCCUCGGGGUGCUCUGUGGCUUGCAUUAGCCCUGACUGUCAGCACUGACACCUUAUCGUGAAGUCUGUUGCCCUGGAAGCUCUGAGCUCUCAUCUCUGUGACGCUGACUGCAAAGCUGUGCAGUCAGGCUUGAGGCAUCUCUAAGGCACCCAUCACAGUGAUCUCAUCUAUUCUUGUUUUCUUGCGCAGCUGUCUUUUAAAAAUAUUUCCCUGCCCUAAACAGCUCUCUUAUAAAGCAGCAUGGCUAAAUGUUUUUUUUUUUCUUAAAAAUCCCCUCUAAGCACAGCCAGCUGACAUGAAUAGGGCACAUCUAUCAGCUUUUCUAGCUCUUUACACUGAGGUGGAGGUGUCAGAAAAAGAAAUGCCAAGGGAUAAUGGCUUAGUCCUUUCCUGGAUUCCUGGUCUGUACAGGAGAAGAGGCACGUGUAUAAAACUGGAGUAAAAGGCUAUGUUAAAAAUAGCUAAAUGCUUGCUAAAACCCAGUGUCUCCAAGGGCCUGGAUGCGGUUGGCACUCACUGUGUCUCAUCGCUUAGGCUGCAUAAAGCUGAAUCUAGGUUGCAUUUGGUAAAUCUCCUAGGUUUUCUGCCCAUUUGAGGGUGUUUUUCUACUGGGGGCCAUUUUCUGACAGCUACUGAUGAACAUGAAUACAUACAAACAGUGAUCCAUGUGGUCAGCAAACUCCUUGUUUUAUAGUGAUGUGACAAAGUUUUAUUGUGAAUGGAUUUUAUCAUGGUUUUUGAUUUUCUUACAGGAGCAAUUCUUGCUCUUUUAAAAGACUUUCUACACACUGCUAGGUUCCCUGAAGAGCUCUAAGAUGUUUUUAAUUCACUUUAAAUCUUGCUAUGUUGAAUUCAUUUAAAUGUCUGUUAUAAGCUAUUUUUUGUUGUGGUUGCAGGUUGAUAAAAUGCAACUAAGAGAAUGCAUGUGAAUUGCUGCCCCUCAAAAGCAGUGCUGCAAGACAAGGGGGUUAGACUUAUACUUGUUGGAAAGGUGUUGAUGUAUUAUGUGUAACAGAACAUUGGUAUUUUUUGCCAGUACAACUAAAGACACUUGAAUAAUUCCUGUUUGCACUUAAUGCUAUUGUUUAUAUUGCAUGUCACUACAUUUCUAUGCAAAACAAAUAACCUUUUUUGGGAGGAGGGGCAGCCAGAUAUUUGAUUAAGUAAGUUUAAAGACCUUUGCAAGAUGAUCUAUUUUCAUAUUUAUGAAGGAAUUUUACGUCUUAAUAUUUUGCAGACUGUAAAUAGCUCAACUUGUAAUUAAAGGCUUAGGAGGAAGUUUGUAGCCUGUGUAUAAUAGUAAGUUAACACUGCCAGAAAAAAAAAAAUCUUUGCAAAACAACUUUUCUAAUAUUGUGGAUAUUUAUGAAUAUGUAAAGAAAGCACAUCUUGUUUCUAUGUUGAUUGACCUUCUGACUUUUUUUUGCGCUAUGGAAAUGGUGUAUGUUUUAUUGGAACUGCAAUAAGAAGUAACCAAAGAUGAAUCCAGUUAAAUAUUUUCAUAAUUUUUUCUUGGUCAGGUUUUGUAAACUUUCCCAACUUGCUUUCAAAAUAAAAAUAAAAUCAAGCACUGAGUCUUGUGAUUAAGAGGACAAUUCUAGAUUAAAAAAGCUGAUUCAAGUGCUUACUUAAGCUAUGGAUGACAUUAAUAGCUUGGGGUUGGAAUAGUGUCUUCAUUACUCUGUGCUGAGUUAUAAACAGCGAAAAUUGU